GUGACAGGACCCGUCGGUCGCGGUUGUGUCUGGGAAGGAGAGAAAAUGGCGGCGGAGCCGAGUAAGACCGAAAUCCAGACCCUUUUUAAGAGGCUCCGCGCAGUUCCAACCAACAAGGCCUGCUUCGACUGUGGCGCCAAGAAUCCGAGUUGGGCCAGCAUCACGUAUGGUGUGUUCUUGUGCAUUGACUGCUCCGGGGUGCACCGCUCCUUGGGCGUCCAUCUCAGCUUCAUCAGGUCCACAGAGUUGGAUUCCAACUGGAACUGGUUCCAGCUGAGGUGUAUGCAGGUCGGCGGGAAUGCCCAUGCGACAGCUUUUUUCCGCCAACAUGGAUGCACAGCCAGUGAUGCAAACACCAAAUACAAUAGCCGUGCUGCUCAGAUGUAUCGGGAGAAGAUCCGGCAACUGGGGAGUGCGGCCCUGGCUAGGCACGGCACCGAUCUUUGGAUUGACAAUAUGAAUAGUGUUCCCAAUCAUUCCCCAGAGAAGAAGGACUCGGAUUUCUUCACGGAACACACCCAACCCCCUGCCUGGGAUGUGCCAGCCACUGAGCCUUCAGGAACCCAGCAGCCAGCCCCGUCUGCAGAGAGCAGUAGCCUGGCACAGCCAGAGCACGGCCCCAAUACGGACCUGCUUGGCACCUCACCCAAAACCUCUCUGGAAUCCAUGUAUCUGUCAGCUAGAGGGGCCCCUCCUGCCAGAGAACUGAGAAGCUCCAUCAUUGGCAAGAAGAAACCAGCGGCAGCUAAGAAAGGGCUGGGUGCCAAGAAAGGCCUAGGGGCCCAGAAGGUGAGCAACCAGAGCUUCAGCGAGAUUGAACGGCAGGCCCAGGUGGCAGAGAAGCUCCGUGAGCAGCAGGCAGCUGAUGCCAAGAAGCAGGCCGAGGAGUCCAUGGUUGCUUCCAUGCGUCUGGCCUACCAGGAGCUCCAGAUUGAGCGUCAGAAAGAGGGAAAGAAGCUGCAGAACCUGGAAGGGAGGAAGCGAGAGCAGGCAGAGAGGCUGGGCAUGGGCCUGGCGUCCCGAAGCUCUGUCUCUCAUUCCGUGCUGUCUGAGAUGCAGGUGAUCGAGCAGGAAACCCCAGUGAGUGCAAAAUCCUCUCGCUCGCAGCUGGACUUGUUUGACGAUGUCGGUACUUUCGCCUCUGGACCUCCAAAGUACAAGGACAACCCCUUUUCCUUGGGAGAAAGUUUUGGUUCCCGCUGGGAUACAGAUGCCACGUGGGGUAUGGACAGGGUAGAGGAGAAGGAGCCAGAAGUCACCAUCUCAAGUAUCCGGCCGAUUUCGGAAAGAGCCACAAACCGGAGGGAAGUGGAGAGCCGGAGCUCGGGCCUCGAGUCCAGUGAGGCACGUCAGAAAUUUGCAGGAGCCAGAGCCAUCUCAUCCGACAUGUUCUUUGGGCGGGAGGUGGAUGCUGAGUAUGAAGCCAGGUCUCGGCUACAGCAGCUCUCAGGCAGCAGUGCCAUCAGCUCUUCAGACCUUUUUGGGGACAUGGAUGGAGCCCAUGGAGCAGGCAGUGUGUCUCUGGGGAAUGUGCUUCCUACGGCUGACAUUGCCCAGUUUAAGCAGGGUGUCAAGUCUGUGGCUGGGAAGAUGGCUGUGCUGGCUAACGGUGUGAUGAAUUCCUUGCAGGAUCGCUACGGUUCCUACUGAUCCGAGCUCCAUGGCUCAGGCUCAUGGUGACAGCAGCAAGAACUUUGUCAUUCCCAGGCCAAGGAUGCUUACCUUGUGGAAGCCGGGGAGGACUUGUUACUUUUCAUGCAUGGUGUGUGAGUGGGGUGGCCUUUGAGGACAUCGGGCGAAGUGGAUGGCCCCAGCCCUUGUCCUCCACCUGUGGAUUGAGCCUUGUAUUUGCUUCCCCUCACACCCUCCUCUUUGUGCUAGAUUCUCGUCCUGUUGUCUUGCCCCACAGCUGCUGCUUGCUUGUCCUGUGACACUGGGAGUGAGGGGAGGGAGUUCCCGGAUGGCUUGGUCUGGGUCCAGCCUUCCCCCAGCAGGGAAGGUGAAGGAUGCAGGGUUUUUGCUGGCUUUGGGGUCCUUGUAGUGUGUCCAAGGGCACAGGCCUUUGUCCUCUGGAGCCAGGGGCCUAGGCCGUCCCCAGGGGAACGAGGCUCUCGACUUGCUGCUGUGGCCUCUUCUGGGUACCAGGAGAGGGCAGGGGAGGGGAAGGACCUUAGUCUGGGCCUUACUAAGGGCUAGAAACAUGACCCUAGCACCUGAGGGUUUCAUUUGGGAUCAGACUGGAGGCCUGCGUGAUCUUCUCCUGCCUCUUAUCCCUUCUACAGUCAUCGCCUGGAGCAGUACUUCCAGGUGUCUCGAAUCAUCUACUGUGGACUGCAGGACCUCUGUCCCCUCUUGAGAUGUUCUGUGUCCCUUCUUCCCCUAGUCGGUGGCCACGGUGGGUCUCAUCUGCCGUGUCCUGACUGGAUGCUGUGAGCAUAAUGCUAGCCCAGGAAGCAGAGGAUGUGAGGAACGGAAGCAGGGCCUAGGGCUCUUUCCUCUGCAUAAUCCUUGCUUAGGGGGCCUGGAUGCCCCCCCGCCACGGGAGUGCUUGAGGCCCUACAGAGCUGCAGGCCUCGCCCUCUGGCAGCUGGGCCAUGCACUGUGUCAUUCUUGGUGCCACUUUUCCCUGCCAUGCUGGCAGUCUGGGCCCAACCCCACCUCUGGGAUGUAGGUUGGUCUCCCAAGCAACACAGACCACUCUUUGCCCUCCCCUCCCCCAGAGGGAUGUGAUCUUCUUUCUGGACUAUUUGUAUUGAAACAAAGUGGUGUCAAAAUAAAGCCCCCGCAGGGCCCUGGGUCCCUGUUGGUCUGAGUGAA